ACUGACCCAACUGCUACUUCAGCAAGGAGAGAGAAAGCAAAGAUGGACAUGGCGCAUGCAACCUCCGUAAAGAACGGAACCCAGAUGGAGCUGCCCCUACCUUUAAGAAACGUACCAAUGACCGAGAGGCACAACAAAGACGCAGAGGCGGACGAGUACGACCCGUUCGACCACCGCGAGGUCGAUCACCCGCUGACAAAUUUCGACGUGCUAUUCCACAUGAUGAAGGCGUCGUGUGGCAGUGGCAUCCUCGCCAUGCCACAAGCCUUUUACCACGCGGGCUACAUCCUGGGCCUCGCGGGCACAGCGGUCAUCGGCUUCCUCUGCACGUACUGCGUCCACAUUCUGAUCCAGUCAGAAUACGCAGUUUGUAAAAGACGUAAAGUGCCAAGCAUGAACUACCACGAGAUUGCGAGGGAAUCCUUUCUAGAGGGCCCACCGAUCAUGCGGAAAUUCUCAAAAGUAGCAGAGGCAUCGGUACAUGUUUCUUUAGGUAUAUACGAGAUUGGUGCGUGCGGUGCAUACACAAUUUUCGUCGCAAACAGUAUAAAACAGGUGGCGGAUCAGCACGGCACAGCUAUCGACAUUCGACUCUACAUGUGUAUGCUGCUGAUCCCCCUCAUUCUCCUCAACUUCGUCCGCAACCUGAAGUACUUGGCGCCACUAUCCAGCUUUGCCCUCGUGGCCACCGUCGCUGCGUUCGGCGUCACCCUUAAAUAUGUUUUCACCGACCUGCCGCCACUCUCAGAGAGAGAUCCGGUAGGAGAGGUACAAAACUGGCCACUCUUUUUCGGAACCGUCAUCUUCGCCCUCGAAGCUAUCGGUGUGGUCGUGCCCCUGGGCAACGAGAUGAGGAGGCCCCGCAAGUACCUCGGCCUGACGGGUGUGCUGAACCGCGGUAUGGUCCCCAUUGUCCUCCUGUACAUCUUCAUGGGCUUCUUCGGCUACAUCAAAUACGGCGCCAAAACUACCGGCAGCAUCACGCUCAACCUCCCCGAAGAUGAGCUGUGAGUAUUGCCUGCUCUGGUGCCCACCAUGA